UUAAAAAGCACGAAUCCUGUUUUGUGUCAGUGAAGGAAAUCCGCUUGGGAGUGGAGAGAUUCGAUCGCGAUAUUUGACUCUAUAGAAACCGCCUAAGAUUAAGUAUAAAGAGGAGAAGAAAGCUGUCAGAUGCAGUUAGAAACCAGCCUAUCGCAAGGCAUCUGGUAUAGGGGGGCACCUGAGGGGGCCGGUGAUUACUGAGCAAAGUUUUUGCUUGCUUUUCCCUGCUGAAAAUUAAAGUCUGGAAUAGCUUAUACGUGAAAGAGACAAAUAAUACAAGAAAACGAAAGUGCAGUGAAAACAGGAUGUCUGCCAAUAAACCCACUCUGAAAGGCCAUCCCAAACUCAUUGGGUACAAAAAGGACAUCUAGUGGACAGUGUUCAAAUGUAUCCGAUGAUCUAAUUCUUCCACCGAGAUUCUUUAGUUCUGAAGUGCGCAUUCAACGGGCACUUUACAAUUUCUUGAGACCACGGGAGAGUUUUUGUGAAAGGCACUGAAGCGACAACUGGUCACUCUUACUCUUGGGUUGCAGUUUAGUCUCAUGAAAAACUACUUAAGAUGACUCUCAGAAUGUUUGCUGCAGAUCUUCUUGUAUUCAGCUCUAUUCUAUCAGCUGCCUGGUGUCAGUCAGUUCUGAAAGUAUCGUACCCCAAAACCCUGAACAGCACCAGUGGCUCUUGUCUUCUGAUUCCCUGCCUAUUCAACAUUUCAAAGGAGAAAGAAAACAUUCUUGAGAGUUCGACAGUUACAUGGAGACGAGCAUCUCUGUGGAUUUUCUAUGAUACAGUUAAUUUCACCAACGCUCACCGUCAGAAGGAACCUGUGGUGAAGGUGCUGGGUGACCUACGAAAGAAGAACUGCACUUCUGUCAUGAGAAACCUCAGCAGCCAGCAUUCAGAUCGCUACUUCUUCAGGAUUCAAACUACCACCUUCAACACGACUGAAACAACAGCUUUGAAUAUAAAUGUGUCAGAUUCCUUGGCUGAGCCGGAUGUAACUGUGCCGGUGCUCAGGGAGGGUGAGGAGGUGAAUCUGACCUGCACUGCUCCAGCUCCCUGUCCCAGUCAGCCUCCAAAUGUAAACUGGGCUCCUGCAUUAGGUGGUGAUGUAACACAGAGGACACAGAUUUAA